AUGUCAUCACUUGUGAAUCACCAGCCCAUUGACACAGGAAAGAAAUCAUUCACAUGUGAGGUGUGCAACAAGACGGCAUGUGACAAAUCAUUUUCGUCAUCAUCAGAAACCCGUGUUCUCCAACGUGUUCACAAAGGGGAGAAGCCUUUCACUUCUGAGGUAUGCAACAAAUCGUUCUCACGAUCAGAGAUGCUUCACACACACCAACGCAUCCACACAGAAGGGAAACCAUUUAGUUGUGAGGUGUGUGACAAAUCAUUCUCCCAGCCAGGAAACCUCCGCAUACACCAACGUAUUCACACAGAGGAGAAGCUAUUUAAUUGUGACGUGUGUGACAAAUCAUUCUGCAACUCAUCAAGAUUCUUGCUUCAUCAGAGGAUUCACAUGGGAAAGAAACCAUACAUGUGUGAGGUUUGCAACAAAUUCUCACAGUCAUUCAGCCUCCAUAGACACCGCCAAAUUCACACUGCGGAGAAACCAUUCAAGGUCAUGCAGCCUCUUGCUCCAUCAGAUAAUCCACACAGGCAAGAAACCAUUCAUGUGCAAGGUGUGUGACAAAUCAUUCUUACAGUCUUCCCAAAUUCAAGUACAUCAACAUAUCUAUACAGGGGAAAAACCAUUUACAUGUGAGGUGUGUGACUAACCAUUCUCACAGUCAGCAAUAAUCUGUAUGCACCAACG